AUGACGGAACCAGAGGAACUCGAUGAGGAUCUCUUCGCCGAUCUUUAUGAAGGCGACGAUACUCCAGCGAAGCCUGCGCAACCUGCACAGCCAGCACCAGCUGCAAAACCCCAGGAGCCCGAGCCGGUGCAGCCCGAACCAGUCAAUGCUCCCACACAACAGCCCGUAGCGCAGGAAGUAAAUGUAGCAGAUAGCCGUGGUUGGGAACAACCGAAUGCGGCUGGUAAUCAUGGUGAUGCGAACAUGGGAAACGGAGCUUGGAAUGGCAACGGUGCCGGCAAUGGCAAUCAGUCAUUCGACCAGGCAGCCGGUGACCAGGACGAUAACUAUGGUCCCAUCAAUGUGAAGGAAGACGGGAUUGUUCAUGUCGGUGUCAAAAUAGCUGUCACGAGGCGGAAGACUUGGAUUGGAAGUGCUGUAGCACAUUAUCAGCGAUAUGGCUGGCCAGCAAGCUCUGGAGCGGGCUCAAGUCGACAUUCGGGAUUCAUACCUUGA